AUGGCUGAUAUUGAAGAAUUAGGAACCAUCAAAUUUCUUACAUAUGGAUGUUCACAUAAUGUUAGUGAUAGUGAAGUUAUGCAAAAAGAUUUAAUAAAUGCUGGUUAUAAAAUAGAUUCAAGUGAAACACCAAUCAGUUCAAAGUAUAAAGCAGUAGUUAUUAAUAGUUGUACAGUGAAGAAUCCAUCACAACAAGCUAUUGAGGUAGUUCAAAAGAAAUGUGAAGAAGCUAAUGUUCCAUUAGUUAUUGCUGGAUGUGUUCCACAAGCUGAUCCUAAAGCAUGUCAAUGUUCUAAAAAAUGUUCUAUUGUUGGUGUUGAUCAACUUCAUAAAAUUACAGAAGCUGUAGAAAAAGCAACUCAUAAUGAAGGACAAAGUUAUUUAGAAAGAGGAGCAUUAGUUAAUAUUGAUGAACAUGUAAGAAGUAAUCCAUUGAUUGAUGUUAUAGUAACAUGUACAGGAUGUGAAAAUGCAUGUAGUUAUUGUAAAACUAAACAUGCACGUGGAGGAUUAAGAAGUUAUCCUAUUGAAGAUUUAGUUAAAAGAGUUCAACAUUCAAUAGAUGAAGGAGUAAAAGAAAUUAGAUUAACAGGAGAAGAUAUUGGUGCAUAUGGAUUAGAUAUUAAUGAAACAUUUCCACAUAUGUUAGAAUGUAUUUGUGAAGUUGUAGAAGGGAAAGCAAUGUUAAGAAUUGGAAUGGUUAAUCCACCAUAUAUUAUUAAGUAUUUUAAAGAAAUAGUUAAUAUUUUAUUACGUCCAUGUUGUUUUAAAUUUUUACAUAUUCCAAUUCAAUCAGGAUCAAGUUCAGUAUUAGAAGCAAUGAAAAGAAAAUAUACAAGAGAAGAAUUUGAUGAUGUUUGUAAUAGACUUAGAAUAUCUGUUCCAGGAAUUAGUAUUGCAACAGAUAUUAUUUGUGGAUUUCCUACAGAAACAGAUGAAGAUCAUAAAAAAACAUUAGAAUGUAUUCAAAAACAUCAAUUUCCAAUUGUUAAUAUAUCUCAAAUGUAUAUUAGACCAGGAACACCAGCAGCUAAAAUGAAACAAAUUAAUAGUAAAAUUGUUAAACAAAGAAGUAGAGAAGUUACAGAAAUAUUUGAUAGUUAUUUACCAUAUACAAAUUUAAUUGGAAAAGAAUAUAUUGUUUGGAUUAAUGAAAUGGCACAUGAUGGAAUUAAUUAUGCAGGUCAUAAUAUUUCAUUUGUUCAAGUUAUUGUUCCAUAUUAUGAAAAAGAAAAUUUAUUAGGGAAAUCAGUUCGUGUAAAAAUUAUAGAAGCAGGGAAGUUUUUCGUUCGUAGUGAAAUAAUUGAAAUUCUUUAA